AUGGCCUCUGCUUCUCUUCUCAAGUCAGCCCCAGUUUUAGGCAAGCCAGAAUGGCUGAAGGGCCAAGCUCUUCCCCAACCUUCAGCCUCUGUGGUCAGAUGCAACCCAGUUGCCUCUUCUGCUCUUACCGUGAGAGCUACCAGCUCAUAUGCUGAUGAGCUUGUCAAAACCGCAAAAACUGUUGCGUCUCCGGGGCGUGGAAUUCUGGCCAUGGAUGAAUCAAAUGCUACUUUUCCCGGGCUUGGGCAGUACAUCUCAGGUGCCAUCCUCUUUGAGGAGACACUCUACCAAUCCACAACUGAUGGCAGGAAAAUUGUUGAUGUGCUUGUUGAGCAGAACAUUGUCCCCGGCAUUAAGGUCGACAAGGGUCUGGUUCCUUUGGCCGGAUCAAACAACGAGUCAUGGUGCCAAGGUCUUGAUGGCCUUGCCUCUCGCUCUGCUGCUUAUUACCAACAGGGUGCUCGUUUUGCAAAAUGGCGAACCGUUAUUAGCAUUCCAAAUGGCCCAUCUGAACUGGCUGUGAAGGAAGCAGCCUGGGGUUUGGCUCGUUAUGCUGCCAUCUCUCAGGACAAUGGUUUGAUACCAAUUGUUGAGCCAGAGAUCUUGCUUGAUGGAGAUCAUGGGAUUGACAGGACCUUUGAAGUGGCUAAGAAAGUGUGGGCAGAGAGGCCAAGGACAGAGCCACACCAGAACAAGUUGCUGACUACACCCUCAGGCUCCUCCGCCAACGAAUCCCCCCUGCCGUCCCGGGAAUCAUGGCAAGCACCCCAUAACUCUUUUUUGUCUGGUGGGCAGUCAGAGGUAGAGGCUACAUUGAACCUGAAUGCAAUGAACCAAGCUCCCAACCCAUGGCACGUAUCGUUCUCAUAUGCAAGAGCCCUCCAAAACACUUGCCUUAAGAAGUGGGGAGGAAGACCUGAGAAUGUGAAGGAGGCUCAAGAAGCUCUGCUAGUCAGGGCAAAGGCCAACUCUCUUGCUCAGCUUGGAAAAUACACAGGUGAAGGGGAGUCUGAGGAAUCAAAGCAAGGCAUGUUUGUCAAGGGCUACGUUUACUAG